UAUUAGACGAGUUGAUAUAUUUUUCUAAAUCGAAAAAGCUAUUUAAAUAAAUGCUUAAAAUUGCAUUCGUUCAAAAUAUACCGUGUAGCAUCUUGUUUGCAUUUUGAUUAAAUAUAAUUUUGAUGUGACGAAAACCUAAAUCUCUUGAGUAAGAUUUUCUGUCACAAUCUGAAGAUGAGCUCCCAGCAAUUUCCAAGGUCUGGAGUUCCAGCCUCUGGUUUGGGGUCAGCACAGACAAUGGGGGGCAACACUGGCCUGGCCUCUGGAAACCCUCAGAGCACAGGGAUGGGUGAUGAAGGUAGCCGGGAUUCAGAUCAUGGUCCUCGUGAUCACUCUUCCACUGGUGGGGUCUCCCUACCCUUCCGAGAUGAGAAGCAGGAGACAGUGGUGGUGAGACCCUACCCACAGGUCCAGACUCAUGGACAGCCUCUAACGCUGGCCCAGCACCACACAUUACCAACAGGCACUGCCGUCACCGUCACUGCCCCUCCUGCUCACCUUGCUCAGUCCAUGCCCCUGCCCUUCCCUGAGGGUCUCAUGAAGUUUUGGCAUACUGGACAAGAGCUGUCUGGGACAAGGACACUGUCGUACGAUUCCAUGACUGUCCCAGUGAAUGAGGAUGGGCGGUUACCCUAUCAGCCUGCCCUGAAGCCUACAAUGCCUAGCCGCCCCAUUGCCCCAGCACCAGCCUCCAUUCAGGGUCACCUUCCCAUGCCUCCUAAAGUCUCCGGUCAUGUCACCGUUACCAUGGAGAGCAGCAUGCCUCAGGCCUCCGCCAUUCCUGUGGCAACCAUCAGCGGGCAGCAGGGUCACCCCAGCAACCUGCAUCAGAUUAUGGCAGCCAACGUGCAGAUGUCCAUCAUCCGGAGCAGCACCCCUGGACCUCCUCUGCACAUCGGACCUUCAGCAGCACCCCAGCACACCUUCACCUCCCACUUACCCAGAGGAGCGGCAGCUGCAGCAGUGAUGUCCAGCUCCAAAGUGACCACAGUGCUGCGACCAGCCUCUGGACCCAGCACCGGGACAGGACAAACCACAGUGCAGCACAUCAUACACCAGCCAAUCCAGUCUCGCCCUGCUGUGACCACGUCCACAGCAGUGCCACCCACUGUUGUGGCAACAGUCUCUGCGACAAGGGCCCAGUCUCCAGUGAUCACUACCGCCACGGCGCACAUUGCCGACACAGGGUAUGGGCGACCAUCGCUGACCAUCCAUCCUCCCCCAGCCAUGCAGACUAUGCAACGACAACCUCAAGCCAGAGAUCCAACCACGCGCAUCAACCUGCCUUCACACACUGCCCUUGGGACCCAGAAGCCACAGCUCCACACCAUGGGACAGAAAUCCCCAAUUUUCAGCACAGUGACUCCAGUUGCUGCAGCUACAGUGGCACCAAUUCUUACAACCAACACUGUUCCAUCACCUACAAACACAGGCUCCAUGCCCCACACACAGUCUGCAACCAGUACCAUUGUUACUAUGACAAUGCCCUCUCACUCCUCAAGUGCAACAGCAGCCACAACCUCAACAAUCCCAGUGGCUAAGGUGGUCCCUCAGCCCAUUGCUCAUACUUCUUCCCGGAUCCAGCCUGAUUACCAAGGCGAAAGAAGCAACCUCAUUCCUAUUUCAGGUCAUAGGUCAUCGCCCAACCCAGUUGCAAUGGAGGCCAGGAAUGACAACAGGCAAUCUAUGUCAUUGCCAGUGCAGUUCCAUUACCUCCAGUACAAUCCAUCUCCGUAUCCACUGACUCACACCUACACACCCAUGACCAGCUCUGUCUCCACCAUCCGCCAGUUUCCAGUUUCUGCUCAAGCUCCCAGUUCAGCCAUCCCUGCUCAGGCUGGUGUAGGGGUCCACCUGAACCCUGUGCAGCUCAUGACAGUUGAAGCUUCCCACCGCAUGGGCCUUCAAACUGCACCAAUUGGCACACAGGGAAUCCAGACUGCAACAUUAGGUACACAGGGAAUUCAGUCAGCUCCAAUAGGAACACAGGGGCUCCAUCCCGUAGCACCAAUCGGGACCCAGGGAAUCCAGACAGCACCAAUUGGCUCACAGCAGACUGAGGCUAAGUCAGUGAUGUUGGCAGACGGUUCCACUCUUGUUGCCAAUCCCAUCAGCAACACGUUCAGUGCUACUCCAGCAGGCGCCACCACAGUGGUGCAGACUCACCCACAGAGUAGCAGCACUAAUGCACCAACACUGGUCUCCUCCCCGCGCCCCAGCAUUCUCCGCAAGAAACCCACCAGUGAGGGAUCUGCGGUGCGUAAAAGCCUGAUUCCAGUGCAGGCAGGUGAAGCAACCAGCCCACGGAUAGACAGCACUAUGAGGAGCGCAUCUGGGUCACCGCGACCGGCAGGAGCAAAAACAAAACCAGAGAUUCAAGUAGAGGCUUUGUCCAGUCAGAGCAGCGAGCAGCAGGCAGUCCCAGCCCCUUCCCAGCACCCCUCACAGACUAUUUCAGCUAUAUUGACGGCGGCUGCUCCUCCUUCCCAGCCAACAGCGGCUCUGUCUGCACUUCCAGCAGCCAUGGCUGUGACCCCGCCCAUCUCUGCCUCAAUGGCCAAUGUAGUGGCCCCUCCCACCCAACCAGCAGCGAGUAGUACAGCAGCAUCAGCCGUCAGCUCUGCCUUCCCAGAGAUCAAAAUCAAACAGGAGGUGGAGCCUAUGGAGACAGUGCCCCCUGCCCUCACCCCAUUUGGCAGCUCUCUGGGGCUUCCUUCAGGGGACGUACCCCCCGGUGCCUCCCCGAGGAAAAAACCUCGCAAGCAGCAGCAUGUCAUCACAGAGGAGAGCGAGAUGAUGGAGACCAACAGCACGGAUGAGGAGAAAUCCAGUGCCAGGCCUCUUGCAGGCAAGGCAGAGAAACGCAAGUUACCGCCAAAGGAGUACAUAGAUGAGGAGGGCGUACGUUAUGUGCCAGUUCGCCCUCGGCCACCAGUCACUUUGCUUCGCCACUACCGCAAUCCAUGGAAGGCCGCCUAUCACCACUUCCAGAGAUACAGUGACAUUAGGGUGAAAGAAGAGAAGAAGGGCACUAUGCAGGAGAUUGCCAAUCAGAAGGGUGUGGUGUGCAGAGUGCAGGGCUGGAAGAUCCACCUGUGUGCAGCACAGCUUCUACAGCUGACAAACCUGGAGCAUGAUGUGUACAGCCGGCUGAGCACGCUGCAGGAGGGGCUCAUUCCCAAAAAAAAGGCUGGAGCAGAUGAUGACCUGCACAGGAUCAAUGAGCUCAUACAGGGUAACAUGCAACGCUGCAAGCUGGUGAUGGAUCAGAUCACAGAGGCCCGUGAAGCCAUGAUGAAGGUGUUGGACCACAAGGACAGAGUCAUGAAGCUGCUGAACAAGAAUGGCGGGUCGAAGAAGGCGUCUAAACUGAAGCGCAAGGAGAAAGCUUAGCCACUCAAAGGGGCACUUGCACAGUUCGAGUCUUGUGUUCCUGCACAUUGUCUGACACAGGACACAAGAAACUCCAAAUGAGGGUUUAGUUUAAAUAUAUACAAAUGUAAAACUAUAUUGGGUCUCAAAGUAUUAUGAAUGGUUCUACAUUCUUGUUUUAACCAGAAACUAUGAUUUAAUAUUCAUACACACACACACAUUAUCUUACAAAUCCAUGUUAGGGUCUGCUUUGUUUUAAUACUUUGUGCAAUAUUUCAUAACUUAUGGAUUUAUUUGCAGUCAAACUUGUAUAUACAUUUUUCACCAAGGUAAAAAUAAAACUAGCAAUCCCUGCAGUUUUAAAUAAAAAUAAAACUGCAAAGCUCUGCCUUCUAGCAGUGUACCAGCACUCAAAUAAUAUCAUCCUGCAUAUAGCACGAGCUCUUUCAUUGUAACUGAUAUUGUUUAAUUAUAAAUAUGAGCAGUCUUAAAUAGCUUAAAUAUCUUUGUGUAUACAAAUCCCAUUUCCAGAUACCGUCUGAUUACUUGCCCACAAUGUUGAUUUUAAAAGCUUCAUACAGUAAAAGUGGUAAAUGCUUUGUAAGUAUAUGGGCCUAGGUCUCUUGUCUGAUUUAUCUAACUAUUUGACCAAACUGCUGUCAAAAAUAAGUCUGUCAAAAUAUUCACCUAAAUACAGAUCCACUGUUAUCGGUGAAAAAUGUGAUUUCUCUCUGCACACAUCAGUCUUGCCUACUGAAUGACAUGUUUUAUAUAUAGAGAUACAUGCAAUGGGUUUGGGUGGUUUUGCUAUUCGAGUGAUAUUUGGUUGUAUUAUAAAAAAAAAAAAAAAAAAAAAAAAAAAAUCUUACCAUGUGCUGUAUUCAUGUCUGCUGCUGCAACAACUUUGUUUGUUUUAAUCUCCCUUUCUACCAGAAUAAGAUCUAUAUAUUGGAAAUGUCGCUAGAAAUGUCUGUAUGUGAGAAAGAUAGAAUAGUGAUUUGCCGCUAAUUCUUACACACUUAAGCUGUCUCUAGCUCAAGCCCACUUACUAAAUCUACCCGAGCAAGGCCUAUUGUUAGCACACGGGGCUUUUGAUGAAGUGUGACAGUGAGAUGCGUGGACUGAAUGCUACCCAAGACGUACUUGCCAGCUUAAUUGCUCAAACUAUAUUGCUCGAUUAGAAUUCUGAGCCUAUUCAUCCAUAAUUUUAACCAGUAAAAAGAUUUUCUGGAUUGACUAAAUUGCCAUUGUGAUCCAGGGUGGCUUAGUGCUACAAAAUCAAGAUCGAUGUGCAAAACCUUUGGAAAUGCAUUAGGAUAAUGUUAAAACUGCCCAAAUCUUGGGGUUGAGUUUUGAUAGUGUGUCCCCCCCCCCCCCCCC